CGGGGGAAGAAGGCUGAGGAAGGGGAGGUGUGUGGGACCGGAGUGGGUGGGGGGAAUUGGAAGCAAAUGACAUCACCUCAGGUCUUAGUAAAAGGGAAGAGCCAAAAGCAUUGAACGGGUCCUGGAUAUCCAGAAGUCGAGUUCAACCUGAACCUGUCCGGAAACAGACCUUAGUGCACCACGGAGACAUCAUGCAGAAGUCGCCUCUGGAGAAAGCCAGCUUUAUCUCCAAACUCUUCUUCAGCUGGACCACACCAAUUUUGAGAAAAGGGUACAGACACCACUUGGAGCUGUCAGACAUAUACCAAGCCCCUUCUUCUGAUUCAGCUGACCACCUGUCUGAAGAGCUAGAAAGAGAAUGGGACAGGGAACAAGCUUCCAAAAAGAAGCCCCAGCUUAUCCACGCCCUCCGGCGAUGCUUUGUCUGGAGAUUCGUCUUCUAUGGAGUCUUGUUAUACCUCGGGGAAGUCACCAAGGCUGUCCAGCCUGUCUUGCUAGGAAGAAUCAUAGCAUCCUAUGAUCCAGACAACACGGAGGAGCGUUCCAUUGCCAUUUACCUAGGCAUAGGCUUAUGCCUCCUCUUCAUUGUCAGGACACUGCUUCUGCACCCAGCUACUUUUGGCCUUCAUCGCAUUGGAAUGCAGAUGAGAAUAGCCAUGUUUAGCUUGAUUUAUAAGAAGACUUUAAAGUUGUCAAGUCGUGUUCUUGAUAAAAUAAGUAUUGGACAACUUAUUAGUCUUCUUUCCAACAACCUGAACAAAUUUGAUGAAGGACUUGCCUUGGCACAUUUUAUAUGGAUUGCUCCUUUACAAGUGAUUCUUCUGAUGGGGCUUCUCUGGGACUUGUUACAGUUCUCAGCCUUCUGUGGCCUUGGUUUACUGAUAAUCUUGGUUAUUUUUCAAGCUAUCUUAGGGAAGAUGAUGGCGAAGUACAGGUAGUGAUCUUUGUCAAAGUCUGAAGGAAUUUGAAUUGAGCUUCUCUAUGCCCUGACAAUAAAGCCCUGCCAUAUCACUUAGAAGGAAUUAUUUAAUUGUAUAAAUAAU